GUGCGCACUUAUCAGAGAAAAAGAUCCCGACAGGCAACUUGCCAUGACAGAGUUGCACGAGGCGGCCUCUCUGGGGGACCUGGAUCGUGUGGAGGAGGCUUUAAGGAGAGGGCUGGAUCCCAACGAGGCGGACCCGGAGUGGGGCGACAGGACUCCUCUCCACAUCGCAGCUUCUAAAGGGUUCAAGAAGUGUGUGUAUGUGUUGCUGCAGGCUGGAGCCAGUACCAAUGCUGUCACCGCUGAUGGCUGGACACCUGCUCACUUUGCCUGUGAAACUGGACAGGUGCAGUGUCUUCAGUGCCUGAUAUCAGGAGGGUGUGAUCUGACUCUUCCAGAUGACAGUUGUGACACUCCACUUCAUGUAGCCACAGUAUAUGGACAGAGAGAAUGCAUUGAUCUUAUUACUGAGAGACUACAUAACCAAAGAACAAAAUAGGGCAACUCAAAGAACCGCUAUACAUGCAGUCACAGAAACAUUUUCAGUUAUACAAAACAUGGGCCAUGGAGUAAUAAACAUCUGAUGACUAAGUGGAACGUUGUAGAAUAGUUUAUUGCAAUGGUGGACUACUUUUUGACUGGCUGCAAGUCAAAUUUGAUGUUCUCUUUUUGAGUAUGAACUUCUCUCAGUAGGCGUUCAUCACGUUCGUUUGCUAUUCUGAUAUCUGGGGUAUAAAGUACGGGAAAAAUUUAUAUUACAGUUAGUGUGUGUUUUGUCUCGUGUGUGUGUGUGUGUGUGUGUGGGUGUGUUGAGGGGAAGUGGUGGUCUUUUCUUCUUUCUUAUACAUAAUUAUACAGCCCCUGUCUGUUGUUCUGCUAUACACAUUCAUGUACCUCUGUGUCUUCUUUCCUUCCCGAGGAGAACUGAC